AUGGUAAAAAGAAAGAAAUGGUUGGAUAGGGAGAGACCUGAUAUGGAAAACGUUACAGAUGAUGAUGAGGUCACUGAUCAUCGGAUUGGGUACAGUAGUGGAUCUCACUCAAGAGACCGGUCUUUGAGCCAUGUAAUCUCCAACCCCAGUGUAGAAGAUAUGGAUGUUAGAGAGGAAAGGUUAAUGAAUCUAAGUGAUAAUGAAUCAGUGUCAAGUAGAAGAUCAAUUAAGAGACGCAAUUCUUUUACAGAUGCUAAAGUAGCUAAUAAACGACUAAGGGAUUCUCGUAGAUUUAUAUUCUUUUUGGGUGCUUUCUUAGGUGUUGCGAUGGCAGCAUAUUUUGGAUCAUAUCAUGUUCACAGCAAUAAUAUCGAAUUAUUUGAUAACAUGGUUAAUUUUGAAAAUGUUAAGGAUUAUCUUGAUGAUUGGAAGGAUAUAUUACCUCGUGGAUUCACGUCGUUUAUAUCUGAUAUACAGACUGGUUAUGCUGCGAAUCAAUUACAAGACCUCGGAGAAAAUUUUGCAGUCGGUAGGCAAUUAAUAAAAGAUAUGGAAUUACAUGCAAAACAUCCUGUAGUUAUGGUCCCAGGUGUCAUCUCUACUGGCAUUGAAAGUUGGGGUGUUCAAGGUGACGAAGAAUGUGACUCUUCACCUCAUUUUAGAAAAAGACUGUGGGGCUCAUUUUAUAUGUUGAAAACCAUGGUUAUGGAUAAAGUAUGCUGGUUGAAACAUGUUAGUUUAGAUCCUAUUACAGGUCUUGAUCCGGAACAUUUUAAAUUAAGGGCUGCUCAAGGGUUUGAAAGUAGUGAUUUUUUUAUUACUGGGUACUGGAUUUGGAAUAAAGUGUUGCAGAAUCUAGGUGCCAUUGGUUAUGAACCAGAUACUAUGGUUACUGCAGCAUAUGAUUGGAGAUUAGCGUAUUUGGAUCUUGAAAAACGAGACCAAUAUUUUAGUAAAUUAAAACAGCAAGUUGAAUUAUUUCAUAAACUUACAGGUGAAAAAACAAUAUUAGUUGGACACUCUAUGGGUUCGCAAAUUGUAUUUUAUUUCCUUCAAUGGGUAGAAGCUGAGGGACCAUCAUAUGGUAAUGCAGGUCCUGGAUGGGUAGAUAAAUACAUUGAAUCGUUUGUUAAUGUUGCGGGCACAUUGCUGGGAGCCCCUAAAGCAGUUCCAGCAUUGAUUAGUGGUGAAAUGAAGGAUACCAUUCAAUUGAAUGCAUUAGCAAUGUACGGUCUAGAGAAGUUUUUCAGUCGUAAAGAAAGAGUAGAAAUGUUACAAACUUGGGGUGGUAUUCCAUCAAUGCUGCCAAAGGGUGGCGAUUUAAUUUGGGGCAAUUUAAGUUAUUCAUCAGAGGAUGAGUUACAUAACAAUACUGAUACAUAUGGUAAUUUUAUUAGAUUUGAGAAAAUUUUGAGUAACGUUUACGAAAAGAAUCUUACAAUGGCCUCAGCAAUAGAUUUAAUCGAGACUGUUUCACCAUCAUGGUUGGUUAAGAGAAUGCGUGAACAAUAUAGUUAUGGUUAUGCCAGUACAGAGGAAGAGAUGAAUGAGAAUUCAAAGGAUCAUUCCCAUUGGACAAACCCAAUGGAUGUGGCAUUGCCUAACGCACCAAAUAUGAAGAUUUAUUGUAUAUAUGGUACAGAUAAUCCAACAGAACGUGCUUAUGUCUAUAAAGAAAAUCAUGCUAAUGACACAGCUUCGUUAAAUUUGACCAUUGAUUACGAUAGUGACACACCUGUAUUUUUAACUAAUGGUGAUGGAACAGUUCCAAUUAUGUCGCAUGCAAUGUGCCACAAAUGGGCACAGGGCAAAUCUGCAUAUAAUCCAGCCGGAAUCGAUGUCACCAUCGUGGAGAUUAAACAUGAACCGGAUAGAUUCGAUAUCCGUGGUGGAUCUAAGACAGCUGAUCAUGUCGAUAUACUUGGUAGUGCCGAGUUGAACGAAUACAUCUUGAAGAUAGCAGGCGGAUACGGCUCAACAAUUAAUAACAAGUUACACUCGAACCUGACGAACUGGGUGGCUAACAUAGACUUCCCCAUGUGA